ACGAGUUACCAAUAGAAAAAAAAUAAUGCUAUAUUUUACAGUACAUUUAACACAAAUUUCAUGAUCUAUUAUUAUUAUUUGUUAUUCGCGCUUUUAUGUCUAAUUUUAUUCAUUAGUUGUAAGACUGCUUUUUAUUAACUUAUUAACAAUGUCAGCUGAUCAAACAAAUUGGCGUGAAAAUAUUUUAAAAGAUUUAAGAGAAAGGGAUGGUCGUGAGACUAAAGAUUUCCAGGAAUUAAUCCUUCUGCACAACAGGUUAUUUGAUAAUGUAACCACCCUAAGGACAGAGAAUUUGCAAUUGACCAUUGAAAAUGAAAAAUUACGCUCCGGUUCUGGAAUACCAGGAAGCCAUAGUAAUGAUACUUCUUCUCGAAUAUCAGUUUUAGAACAAAAAUGUAUGAGCCAACAGGAAGAAUUAACAGAAUUGCAUAGAAGAAAAGGUGAAAAUGCACAACAAAUUAUUGAUUUAAAUGCUCAGCUACAAGAAUUGACAAAAAAACUAACCAGUAAAGAACAAAGUCUUACCGAAAUUGGAAUCAAAAAUACUAGCUUGCAGGCGGAAGUUCAAAUGCUAGUAAAUGGAAAAAAAGAAUUAGAAGUACUUAAUACAAUGUUGAGAGAUGAACAUACUGCCCUGCAAUUAGCAUUUGCAUCUUUGGAAGAGAAAUUACGAAAAUCUCAAGAUGAAAAUAGAAUUUUGUUAGAAAGGUUAAUGAAAUAUAAAAUGAAAGACGCUGACAAAAUGAAUGAAGAUAAUGAAAGCUUUCUAAGGAAGAGGAAUGAUCGAAUGUGUCGUGAAUUAGAAGAUGCAGCUAAAGAAAAUAGAGCUGGAAUUAGUCCAGAUAGGGCUAAUAGUAGAGAUUUAGUAAAUGCAACUUACUGUGGUGCACUUCCCUCUAAAGUUUCUUGCAAAUUUGAUGCUCAUGAUAGUGAGGUGAGUGCUGUACGAUGGAAUCCUGUUGAAAGAAUAGUUGCAACUGGUGGAGCUGAUCGUAAAGUUAAAUUGUGGAGCAUAACUAAAGGUUCUUUUGAAAGCAGAGGGACUUUAGUAGGAAGUAAUGCAGGUGUGAUGUCAGUGGAUUUUGAUAGUACUGGCACCUUAAUUCUCGGAGCGUCUAAUGACUUCGCUAGCCGUGUUUGGACUGUGUCUGAUCAGCGGUUACGAUCGUUAUUAAUAUGAAGUUGAACGAAAGUAUACCUGUAAGGCGAAUUUAAGCACAAAUCACGGCACUCUUCAGCUGAGGAAACAUCUUGAUAUACAGAGUCUACAGUCUUCAAAAUGCGCCCAG